AGCUUGAAACACUCCAGUGCAUCACAACCAUUUUCCUCGGUGCUUUUGCACGUUAUACGCAGCAAAAAUGGACUCCCUGCUUCAAGACCUAUCGCGCUUGUCCGGAGUAAUCCUGGCCAUCCUCGUCCUAUCAAUCUUUGUAGUAUUCAAAUCGUCAUCAUCAAGCAAGCUCAAAACACCACCUGAAGCUGCGGGGGCAUGGCCCGUCAUAGGUCACUUGCCCAUUCUAGCGAAAUCCAAGCUUCCCCACAAGACCUUAGCGUCCAUGGCCGACCGGUACGGACCCAUCUUCACCAUCCGGAUCGGGAUGUACCCAACCCUAGUGGUGAGCGGUUCUGAGAUGGCCAAGGAGUGUUUCACCAAGAACGACAUCGCGUUGUCCACUCGGCCACGGCUAUUGGCCCAGAAGAUCCUGGGUUACUCCUACGCCAUGUUCCCGUUCGCGCCCUACGGCCCAUACUGGCGCGGGAUGAGGAAGAUGAUCACCUUGGAGCUGCUCUCCAGCCGGAGGGUCAACUCGUUGCUCAACCCUGUUCAGGCCUCAGAAGCGGACGUGGUCGUUCAAGAGCUGCAUGAGCUUUGGCUUGAGAACAAGGAUGAUUCAGGCCAUGUCACAGUCGACUUGAAGCAGUGGUUUGCGAAGUUGACCCUGAACGUGAUCCUCAGAAUCGUGGCCGGAAAGCGCUACUCUACGGCGGACAAGGAAGAGGAGCAGCGGUGCCAAAAGGCGUUACGGGAGUUCUUCUACUUCUUGGGGAUGUUCUUAGCGGCAGACGCUCUUCCUUUCCUGAAGUGGCUGGACUUAGGUGGACAUGAGAAGGCCAUGAAGAGGACUGCAGAAGAACUGGACGACAUCAUCGGUGGUUGGUUGGAGGAACACAAGAAGAAUAAUAAGGAUUUGAGUGAGACCAACGGCAACAGAGAUUUCAUGGACGUCAUGCUUUCGGUCCUUAACGAUGACGAAAUGGGAGGUUAUGAUGCUGAUACGAUUAUAAAAGCUACAUGCUUGGCGAUGAUUGCAGGUGGCAGUGACACCGCGAUGGUUACCCUGACAUGGGCAAUCUCGCUACUGCUCAACAACCUUCACAUCCUGAAGAAAGCUCAAAUGGAGCUGGACGAUCAGAUCGGCAAGCAGAGGCAUGUGAAAGAAGCGGACAUCGCCAGCCUGACCUAUCUACAAGCCAUAGUGAAGGAGACCCUCCGGCUACACCCGGCAGCCCCACUCUCAGCGCCGCGCCUGUUCACCGAGGAUUGCACUGUUGGCGAGUACCACGUGCCCAAGGGCACGAGGUUGAUCUUGAACAUCUGGAAAAUCCAAACCGACCCUAGGACAUGGCCCGAUCCAUUGGAGUUUAGGCCCGAGAGGUUCUUGGGCAACCAUAAGGACGUCGAUGUGAAGGACUCCAACUUCGCGCUCCUACCAUUUGGAGGCGGCAGGCGAAUUUGUCCCGGAAUAUCUUUCGCACUCGAGAUGGUGCAUUUUCUUCUAGCCAGGUUCUUACAAGCAUUCGAGAUAGCCACCGUGGAUGAUUCACCAGUGGACAUGUCUGAGAUCUUCGGACUGACAAAUUUGAAGGCGACCCCACUUGAAGUUAUGCUCAGGCCAAGAUUAACUCAGGAGCUCUAUCAAUUGAGGUAAUGGAUAGUUUACAUAUGAAAGGAAAGGUCUUUGAAAUGUACAACUAAGUGAAUGUGUAUGCACUCUCUCCAUGCGUGGCUCUUAAAAAGACAUAAUCACAUAUCUAGACUUUUCAGAUUGAAGUUGCUGACCCUGGAACAUCACUUGCAUGAAAAGGCUGAUGCGUCCGUGAUUGCAUGGCGAUGUCAAAUGUCAUUACUAUCGUUCACCACUUGCAUGCAAUUGCAUACUGUGUGACCUGUCGUGUAUGGACUCAUUCAUGCUUUCCUUGCCCAUAUGCCAAUCCUACAGGUUUAGUUGUCAUCAGUGAGAUCUGACCAUUCAAUCUCCAUAUAGCCAUAACAUCGUUAUCAUGCAUUGGAUGAUUACAAUGUAUCUCUUCCUCCUUCUGCUCUGCUUGGCCCUACUUACCUCACUAUCUCCUCACACGUACCAGCGCUUGCACAGGCGUACAUAUAUAUUGAAAGAUUCCAAACAGUUGAAAAAUCUAUCUUCCAGAACGAGGUUGUGUAGUUCCUCAAUUUUGAUGCGGCAGAUAUGAUGUCCGUGAGUAAUCUUCAGAGUCAUGAAUGCCAUCCCAAAGUGCAGUCUUACUUAAUA